AUGCCUUGGAUAGAUCAUGUUGAAGUGGUCACUGAAGGUAUUGAAGUUGUUGUUCAACACAUCAACACGCUGCUCAAGGUGAUCUUGCCUGUUCUGAAUCUGCAGAUACUGCUCCAGUGUAGACAAAGUACCAAGCUAUGCAUUGAUAGCAUCAAUGUCACUAUGGAACCCCUGCAGGACACUCUAAAGCCUGGACAUAAUCGGCUGAUACAUAGUGGAGUGAAGGUGCUGCCUGAACUACUCAAAACUAGUGUCCAUGUGACUCUGCCACUGCUGCCCCAUGGUGUGAAAACCAUGCAGCAUCUGCUGCUGAAUACUCUCACCAAACUGAGCAAUGGAUGUGUUCCAUGUGUUCUGCAUGUUCUGAAAGUAGGGAUCAAAGUAACCUGGAGGAGGUACCCAUCCAUUCUCCUGAGGAUCUGGCUCCAUCUGUGGCUGAAUUGGAUUCUCAUCACCAUCCAUGUGCUUAUCAUCGACUGUAGCUUCUACUUCUUGAUCUCCCUCAACUGGAGGAAAGGGAGUUAG